AUGGAUGACGUUGUAAUUACUGUGGAAGAGGAAAAACAAGGCUGGGUAGACUGUGAUUUUCUAGAUUGCCAGAAAGCAUUUGACACAGUUCCUCGUGAGAGGCGACGGCUGUAUAAGAUGGGAAAAAGAGUCGAGGAGAACUUGGAAAAUCCUAAAGUGGGUAAGGAAGCACCUGAGGGUCAGAGGGCAAAGGAUAAUAUACGGAAGUGUUCAUUUAAAGUUGCUGAAGUGUUCCUUGAAGUGUUGCUUGUGUUUCUCUGUCCCUUGUUUCCUCCAGUCCAUCUUCCUGUUUUGGAACUAAACCCCUACAUAUGUGGGGCAUUAAACCCCUACACAUGUGAGGAACUAAACCCCUACAUAUGUGGGGCAUUAAACCCCUACACAUGUGAGGAACUAAACCCCUACAUAUGUGGGGCACUAAACCCCUACAUAUGUGGGGCAUUAAACCCCUACACAUGUGAGGAACUAAACCCCUACAUAUGUGGGGCAUUAAACCCCUACACAUGUGAGGAACUAAACCCCUACAUAUGUGGGGCAUUAAACCCCUACACAUGUGAGGAACUAAACCCCUACACAUGUGGGGCACUAAACCCCUACACAUGUGAGGAACUAAACCCCUACACAUGUGAGGAACUAAACCCCUACACAUGUGAGGAACUAAACCCCUACAUAUGUGAGGAACUAAACCCCUACACAUGUGAGGAACUAAACCCCUACACAUGUGAGGAACUAAACCCCUACACAUGUGAGGAACUAAACCCCUACACAUAUGAGGAACUAAACCCCUACACAUGUGAGGAACUAAACCCCUACACAUGUGAGGAACUAAACCCCUACAUAUGUGGGGCAUUAAACCCCUACAUAUGUGGGGCAUUAAACCCCUACACAUGUGAGGAACUAAACCCCUACAUAUGUGGGGCAUUAAACCCCUACACAUGUGAGGAACUAAACCCCUACAUAUGUGGGGCAUUAAACCCCUACACAUGUGAGGAACUAAACCCCUACAUAUGUGGGGCAUUAAACCCCUACACAUGUGAGGAACUAAACCCCUACACAUGUAGGGCAUUAAACCCCUACACAUGUGAGGAACUAAACCCCUACAUAUGUGGGGCACUAAACCCCUACAUAUGUGGGGCAUUAAACCCCUACACAUGUGAGGAACUAAACCCCUACAUAUGUGGGGCAUUAAACCCCUACACAUGUGAGGAACUAAACCCCUACACAUGUGAGGAACUAAACCCCUACAUAUGUGGGGCAUUAAACCCCUACACAUGUGAGGAACUAAACCCCUACAUAUGUGGGGCAUUAAACCCCUACACAUGUGAGGAACUAAACCCCUACAUAUGUGGGGCACUAAACCCCUACAUAUGUGGGGCAUUAAACCCCUACAUAUGUGGGGCACUAAACCCCUACAUAUGUGGGGCAUUAAACCCCUACACAUGUGAGGAACUAAACCCCUACAUAUGUGGGGCACUAAACCCCUACAUAUGUGGGGCAUUAAACCCCUACACAUGUGAGGAACUAAACCCCUACAUAUGUGGGGCAUUAAACCCCUACACAUGUGAGGAACUAAACCCCUACACAUGUGGGGCACUAAACCCCUACACAUGUGAGGAACUAAACCCCUACACAUGUGGGGCAUUAAACCCCUACACAUGUGGGGCAUUAAACCCCUACACAUGUGGGGCAUUAAACCCCUACACAUGUGGGGAAUUAAACCCCUACACAUGUGGGGCAUUAAACCCCUACACAUGUGAGGAACUAAACCCCUACAUAUGUGGGGCAUUAAACCCCUACACAUGUGAGGAACUAAACCCCUACACAUGUGGGGCAUUAAACCCCUACACAUGUUGGGAAUUAAAUCACUCCCACAGAGUGUUUGAUGAGUCGUGCUGCCGCGGCCGUAAAUCCUUCCGCUGCGCGAACACGUGCAUUAGUGAGGCGAGAGUGGUUGAUUUACACCAUAAAACUCCAUUUGAGGAGAUGUAG